GACGCGGAAAUCACAGCCACAAACAACUGCAUCGUUACGGUGAAUUCCUCGGUCGGGACGGGACUGAAAGACUACACGUGUUCGAGUCCGAGUUGCAGAGUGGGAGUUGAACAGCCAAAUCGCAGCUCUGGGACUUCCCUGUGCAAUCGCAAUAAUUUUUGCUUAAAUACACAAGCGCUUGGGUGGUAGCUCAGUAUUGAACAACUGUUGUGAUACCACCAUGAGAACCACAGUCUCAAUUCUUCUGGAGAUAUCGAUCAUUUUGCUCAUGCAAAAGGUGGCAGAGAGUCUUCCGGUUGAUCCAAAAAUAAUCAAUGCUGGACCCAUUUGUCCGAGAAUAAUAUCCCGAAAUGAGUGGAAAGCGAGGAACGUGAGCGGUUACGAACUCCUGUGGACGUCCCCAACCCCUUACGUGGUGGUUCAUCACGGGGGGAUCCUCAACUACUGCUACGAUCAGCCGGAAUGUUCGGCUGUGGUGCGAUCCUAUCAGGACCUCCACAUAGACAAGAAUCACUGGAUAGACAUUGGCUAUCAAUUCGUCAUAGGAGAGGACAGCAACGUCUACGAGGGCCGAGGGUGGGACUACAUCGGGGCGCACGCACCGGGAUAUAAUUCCCAGAGCAUUGGAAUAUCAAUCAUCGGCGAUUUCUCUCAUUUCCUCCCGAACGACGGAGCACUCAAAGCCUUAAAUGAUCUAAUAGCGUGUGGAGUAUCAUUAGGCAAAAUAAGUCCAGAUUACCGAGUAAUAGGUCAUCGUCAAGUGCGCGAUACCGUAUGUCCCGGGGAGACAUUUUACAAAUACGUCAUGAAGAUGCCGAGGUGGACGGCACAUCCCGUACCGGUUUGCAUGUCCAACUGCACUUCAACCGCAAGUAGUCACAGUCCUGAUGGGCCCAGACCCACGUCCAAUGAUAGCAACAAUGUUGUGACACCUACAUAUAUAUCGAGAUAUAUCGCGGUGACUAUUAUUGUUGGUGAAGUGGCCGAAAAGCGGGUAGUGUAUCGCUCUUCAGCGAAGAUGAAGGUUCUUGUGGCAAUAUUUUCGGUGAAUCUUCUUUUAACAGUAUGGAUUUGCCCAACAGCAGGACGCAUCGAUUAUCCAACGAUCAUAAGCAGAUCACGAUGGGGUGCAAAGCCCCCCAAGACCACACCUGAAAGACUUGAAAUUAAUCCACCCCCAUUCGUUGUGAUCCACCACUCCGACACCGACAGCUGCACGUCCCAAGCGAUAUGUCAAGCUCGCGUUCGUUCAUUCCAGAAUUACCAUAUGGACCAUAAUGGCUGGGACGACAUUGGCUAUAAUUUCCUCGUAGGGGAGGAUGGAAAUGUCUACGAGGGACGUGGUUGGGGAAUCAGAGGAGCACAUUCACCGAAUUAUAACGUGAAGAGUUUGGGAAUUUGUUUCAUUGGGAAUUUUCAAUCUCGGAGCCCUCAGCCUGCGGCUGUCAACGCUACCAUUGAUCUUCUAGCAUUCGGCGUUGCCAAUGGAAAACUUAAAAGUGACUACACUGUAUUAGGACAUCGUCAAACAAAGUCCACAACCUGUCCUGGUGAUAAACUGUACUCUCUGAUUCAAACUUGGCCGAAUUGGAAAAGAUUAUGA